AUGUCCGCCACACUGGACGCAGGAAAGUUCCAAAGUUAUUUCGAAAACUGCCCAUUGAUGGCUGUCCCAGGACGGACGUUCCCCGUGGAGAUUUUCUUCACUCCAGAACCGGAAAAAGAUUACCUAGAAGCUGCAAUUAGGACUGUGAUACAGAUUCAUGUAUGCGAAGAAACUGAAGGAGAUAUUCUGCUCUUUCUUACCGGCCAAGAGGAAAUUGAAGAAGCAUGUAAACGGAUAAAGCGUGAGAUUGACAACCUCGGUCCGUCGGUUGGUGCAUUGAAUUGCAUCCCACUGUACUCAUCACUUCCUCCGAAUCAACAGCAACGGAUUUUUCGAGGCGGCGCCCCCUAG